AUGGCCAGCCUCUCGAAUCUCCUGAAUCCAGACUACAGCAGGGCGCAAGAAAGCAGCCAAUAUAAUGACGAAAGUGAUGGCCCGUCAGAUGCAUUCACCGAGUCCGUCCCAGAGGAAGGCCCCAGCAGCUACUACACGAGGGAUCAUACAAUUGACCAUGAACUACAUCCCGAUUGCCCCAAUACGUUGGAUUGUUUGCAGGAUACGGAUGAUCGACCUCCGCAUACCUUGCCAGUCAUUCUGCGAUGCGCUAUUCUAGGCAGUCCGAAGCAACGGCUCACAAUAAGGGAAAUAUACGCGGCCAUGGAGAAUAAAUACCCUUAUUACAAGACAGCUGGUCCGACGUGGAAGCAAUCUGUGCGACAUCAUCUUUCUCUCAACCGUCUAUUCGAACGGCAAGCAAGACCAGUCACUGAUCCAGGCUUUGGCUCAUACUGGGUGGUCAAUCUUGAGGCGCCACCGGGUACGAAACGUCCUCGGAAGCGUGGGCGACCCAAGGGACCGGGAGGCGCUCCUCCGCCCGUUCGGAAACGUGGACGGCCACGAAAGGAAGACUUGGAGAUAUCUAAAUGCAUGACGAGUGUCAAGGAGUGGGGAACUUCGGGAGCGAAGCCAGCGUGGCCAGGGGAAGAAGAGAAAGAGGGCGAGAGCGGAGUUCGAGAGAAUAUCGAGGGGGUGCCAUUGACAGACGACGAAGACUCCGCCAUGGAAGAGAAUGUUAUCCACCCUUUUGAUAGGCCAACACUACGACCAGUCCAUCAUCUCGAGCCUCUCGAAGACCUUCAAGCUGCCUCCAGUCCUGUAGCCUCCUUGGACGCUCUUGAACCCUGCGACGACCCCUUCGAACAGAUUGAGCAGAUGCGUAAAGAAAUAAUCGAACUCAGAAAGAAGACAUCCGAAGCAACCUGCUUAUCACAGCGUAUGUCGGAUCAGUUGGCCCAUGCUCAGGCCGACGCCUGGCGCGCGAAGUCUGCACUUCGGACGGCGGAAAACAAGCUGAAGCAGGAAUGCAAGAGACGGCAGGAUGCUGAGCGACUUGCGGAGGAAGAGCUCCUUCGCAGACGACUAUUGGAAGACAGUCUCAGAGAGCUGAGAUCACAAAAACGUAACUCAAACCCACUGUCAUCACCCAGUAGAUCAUGA